UUCUUUAUUAAAUUUUCUACUCACUCUACAUACCACGCACAGAUCCCACCUCCCCCCUCCUCCCAUCUCCCAGCCCUUCCUCCCAAGCCACCCCACAUCCCCACAUCCCACAAAUCAAGGUCUCCCAUGGGGAGUCAGCAGAGCCCUGCACACUGAGCCUAGGGAGGUCCAAGCCCCUUCCCACUGUACCAAGGCUGUGCAAGGUACCAUACCACAGGCACCAGAUUCCCAAAAGCCUGCCCAUGUACCAGGGAUGGGUCCUGAUCCCCCUGCCUCGGUGGUCCCCAAACAGUUCAAGCCAAACAAGCAUCUUCUGUAUCCAGAGGGCCUAGUCCAGUCUCAUGGGGGCUUCACAGCCACUACUCUAUAGUUCAUGGUUCUCCAAUAGCGUGGCCGGUCAUCUCUGCUCUUCCACUCAUGAUCUCAACAUUUUCCUCCUGCAGAAUCCUUCUUCUCUCUCAUCAAUUGGAUUCCCGGAGCUCAGCUUGGUGCCUAGCCAUGGUGCCUCCAUCAGUCACUGGACAAAGGCUCUAUGAUGAUGGUUAGGGUGUUUGCUAGAUCAGUCACCAGAGUAGACCAGUCCAGACCACUGCCAGCAGUCCAAGGUGGUGUCAUCCUUGUGGGUUCCUGAGAGCCUCCCCAGCACCCUGCCUCUUCCUUUUCCCAUGAUGUCCUCAUCUAUCAUGGUACCUCCAUCCCUGCUCUCCCACUCUGUCCCUGUUCCAGCUCGACCCUCCCAUUUCCCUAUGUUCUCAUUCCCCACUCCUUGCCCUCUACCCCCCACACCCAUUCUGCUCAUGUAGAUCUCAUCCACUUCUCCUUUGAUGGGUCAUCCUUGUAUCCCUCCUAGGGUCUUUCCCUGUUAGAUAGCCUCUUUGGAGCUGUGGGUUGCAGUCUGGCCAUCCCUUUCCUCACAUCUGGUAUCCACUUAUGAGUGAGUACAUGCUAUGUUUGUCCUUCUGAGUCUGGGUUACCUCACUCAGGAUGAUAUUUUCUAGUUCCAUCCAUUUCACUGCAAAUUUCAUGAUAUCAUUGUUUUUUACUGCUGAGUAGUAUGCCAUUGUAUAUAUGUACCACAUUUUCUUUAUCUAUUGUUCAGUUGAGGGGCAUCUAGGUUGUUUGCAGGUUCUUGCUAUUAUGAAUAGUGCUGAUAUGAACAUACUUGAACAUGUGUCCUUGUGGUAUGAUUGAGCAUUCCUUGGGAAUAUACCCAAAAGUUGUAUAGAUGGGUCUUGAGGAAGACUUAGUCCCAAUUUUCUGAGACACCGCCAUACUGAUUUCCAGAGUGGCUGUACAAGUUUGCGUUCCCACCAACAGUGGAGGAGUGUUCCCCUUGCGCCAUAUCCUCUCCAACAUAAGCUGUCUUCAGUGUUUUUGAUCUUAGCCAUUCUGAUGGGUGUAAGAUGGUACCUCAGAGUUGUUUUUAUUUGCAUUUCCCUGAUGACUAAGGAUGUUGAACAAUUCUUUAAAUGUCUUUCAACCAUUUGAGAUUCUUCUGUUGAGAAUUCUCUGUUAAGCUUUGUAGCCCAUUUUUUAUUAUGGUUGUUCGGUAUUUUGAAAGUCUAGCUUUUUGAGUUCUUUCUAUAUUUUGGAGAUCAGCCUUCUGUCAGAUGUGGGGUUGGUGAAGACCUUUUCCCAUUCUGUAGAUGCCAUUUUGUCUUAUUGAUCAUGUCCUUUGCUUUACAAAAGCCUCUCAGUUUCAGGAGGUCCCAUUUAUUAAUUGUUGCUCUCAGUGCCUGUGCUACUGGUGUUAUAUUUAGGAAGUAGUCUCCUGUGCCAUAGUGUUCAAGACUACUUCCUACUUUCUCUUCUUUCAGGUUCAGUGUAACUGGAUUUAUGUUGAGGUCUUUGAUCCACUUCGACUUGAGUUUUGUGCAUGGUGACAGAUAUGGAUUUAUUUGCAAUCUUCUGCAUGUUGACAUCCAGUUAUACCAGCACUAUUUGUUGAAGAUGCUUUCUUUUUUUCAUGGUACAGUUUUGGACUCUUUGUCAAAAUCAUAUGUUCAUAGGUGUGUGGAUUAAUGUCAGGGUCUUCAACUUGAUUCUAUUGGUCCACAUGUCAGUUUUUAUGCCAGUAUCAAGCUGUUUUUAUUACUAUAGCUCUAUAGUAGAGCUUGAUGUCGGGGAUCAUGAUGCCUCCAGAGGUUGUUUUAUUAUCCAGGAUUCUUUUAGCUAUCCUAGGGUUUUUUUCCAUAUAAAGUUAAGUAUUGUUCUUUAACAGGAAUAUUUUCCAAACCUGCAUUAUAGAAAACCUUAAAAAUGGAUGAAUGUCUAGAUUUAGUCAAACCACAAAAAUUAAAAUUAGAAAAAAAUCAACAACCUAAACAUACCUAUAGCAAAUGAAGAGAUUGAAAAAUCUUUCCAACUAUGGAGAAUUGAGGGUCAGAUAGAUUCAUAGCAGAAUCCUACCAGACAUUCAAAGAAGUUCUACAGCCAGUACUUCUGAAAAUCCAAAAUAUAAAACAGAAGAAACACUGCUCAUACUCCUUCAACAAGAUCUGUAUCAAUCUAAUACCUAAAACAGCAACAACAAAAAGUACAGUCAAAUAUACCUGAUAAACAUAGACUGAAAAACACAAUGAAAUACUUGCAAUCAGAUAUACAUCAUAACAAAGCUGACUUUAUCCCUGAAAGGCAAAGAUGGUUCAACAUAUGCAGGUCAAUAAGUGUAAUAAACCACAUAAACAAAACUUAAAAGCAAAAAUUAUAUAGUCAUUCCAAAAUUUUGUGACAAAAUUCAACAUGCCUUCAGGAUAAAAGUCCUAGAGAAUGUAGGGCUAGAGGAAACAACUCAACACAAUACAAGUUAAAUAUGAGAAACCCACAGGCAACCUCAUCCCAAAUGGAAAAAAGCAUGAAGCAUUGAUACUGAAGUCAGGAACAGGACAGAGAUGCCCACUUUCUCCCCUGCUUUACAGAACUGUGUUGGAGUACUACCUGGAGCAAGAAGGCAAGAGAAGAAAUUCAAAAGGGCACAGAGAGAAAAAGAAGUCAAAGUAUCCAUAUUUGUGAAUGACAUGAUGCUAUACAGUAGAGAUGCCAAAAGUUCUACAGAAAAAAAUCUAGAAAUGAUCAACUGAUUGAGCAAUUUGGGCAGACAGAGAAUUGACUUGCUCAAGUAAAUAUCUUUUCUAUACAUCAAUAACAAAUGCACAGAGAAGAAAUUCAUAAACAUACUCCCAUUCACAAGAGUCUCAGUAACUAAUAAUAAAUCUAACCAAAGAAGUGAAGGAACUCUACAAUGAAAACUUCUAACCUCUUAAGAAAGAGACAGAGAAAGACAGUAGAAAAUAGAAAGACACCCCAUGUUCAUUGGUUGGUAAAAUUAACACUGUGAAAAUCACCAUUUUACCAAAAGGUAUUUUGUUACUGCAAUCCCAAUCAAAAUCGCCAUCGCCUUCUUUACACAAUCAGCAAAAAAAUUAUCCUAAAAUUCAUAUGGACUCACAAACAGCCCCAGACAGCCCAAAUAAUUAAAAAAGAACAAUACAGAGGUAAUCACAUGCCAGAUCUUAAGAUAAAUCACAGAGCCAUAGUAAUAAAAACAUUAUCCACUGGCAGGAAAACAUACAUAUUUGACAAAGAUGUCAAAAACAUAUGCUAGAGAAAAGAAAACAUCUUCAAGUAAUAGUGCUGAGAAAAUUGGAUAUCCACAUGCAGAAGAAUAAAAUUAGACUAGUGUCUGUCACCUUACAUAAAAACAAACUCCAAAUUGAUUAGAGACCUAAACCUGAAACUGCUAGAAGGAUGCAUGGGCAGUACCCUACAUGAUAUUCACAUAGGAAAGGACUUUCUGAAUAGGCCUCCAUUUGCCCAAAAAUUAUAGCCAUCAGCCUACAAGUAGAAUUUCAUAAAACUAUUUUCUACAUGGCUAAAGGAACAAUCCACCAGGUAAAAAGAAGACCCACAGUACUGCAGAGUCAAAAAACAAAAAUAAAACAAAAAACAAAUGACCAAUUCAAAAAAGUGGGCUUGAGACCUAUACAGAGAGCUAUAAAAAGAAGAAAAAAUGGUCAAGUAAUCUCCAAAAAGAAUCAUCAUUCUUAGCUAUAAGGGAAGUUCAAAUCAAAAGAAUUUUGAUAAUUUAUCUUACCUGAGCCAGCAUGACAAAGAUAAUCAGAGCAUUGGCCAACAAAUAUUAGGGGUGGUACAAUCCUACUCAAACCAUGGAAUCCUCACGGAGUGGAGGUAGAGUGGCGGGAAGGUCUCCUGCAGCCAAACUACAAAAGUAGACGAGGGCAAGAAGGAGAGUGAACCUCCUCUAACUUAGCCCAGUAAUAUCGAUUCACUACUAUCAAGAGGAAGCCAUUAUUUCCACAAUGAUUCACAUUCUAUGUUGUGCAUAGUUUUCAUUGUGGUCACCUUUACGUUAGCAUGCAUCAUGGUUGUCAUGUCACAUACAGUAGAAUCAUGGACUUAACUGUAGCAUGAAUCUUAAAUGGUCUAAUUAAUAAGAACAAACCUGGAGCCAGUUAUUGGGGUGAACACUGAAAGAUCAGAGAAGCAGAACAAGCCACAGCUACCUCACCUUGGCAAUUCCUCAGCUGACCCUAUUUCCUCAGACUGGAAGCCUCUGUGUCCUCACCCGAAUAGAUCUCAGCUGAACUGCUGCUCAAAAGCCUAAAAGCUUAACCAGCUUUAGUUUCUGGUCCUCACGCUUUAUAUACCUUUCUGCUCCUGCCAUCACUUCCUGGGAUUAAAGUCAUGAGUCAUCAUGCCUGGCUGUUUCCAGUGUGGCCUUGAACUCACAGAGAUCCAGAGGGUUCUCUGCCUCUGGAAUGCUAGGAUUAAAGGCGUGUGUGCCACCAUUUUCUGGCCUCUAUAUCUAGUGGCUGCUCUGUUCUCUGACUUCAGAUAAGUUUAUUAGGGUGCACAAUAUUUUUGGGAAAACAAUAUCACCACACUCAACUCAUUCCUGUGCUUAUGGAAAGAGCAUCCUUCUCUGACAGGUUUGCUUAGUGUUUGGAGGGGUGAAAAACCUAAUGUAUUUCUAAGGUAUUAUAAUUCUUAAUGAAACUAUGCUCUCAGACAUAAACAAUGGGUAGACCCAAUGUUCUAGGAUUAGGGAAUAUCAUGACAAAUAUGUUGAUUCAAUGCUUCACGGUGGAUAAAAGAAUAUAACAGAGAGUCAAAGUUCAGACUCAAACAGGAAACUCAAUUUCUGUAUUAGCAUGAAGUUGAUAUUUAAAAAUCAAUUUGUCAGAACCAUUAGUUUUAUCAGAAACAGACACAAACUGUUUAGAGUGGGACAUGGACAUAAUAUUGGCGUUCACACGUACAUCUGUAGAAAAAGGAACAUUCUGUGACUCACGGAAAACAAAACUAGGAUUGAGAGUCUCCAGUUCUACAGAACAUGGUGUCUGCUAUUGUGACUUGUUCAGACCUGCCAUGGGCCCUUUUUGACCCUUUCCCUUUUUAUAUCCCAUGGUAUCAUCUGGUGUAAAAAAGUUUGUAUCACCAUAAAUGGCUUUCCCAUGGAUAGUUUCUUGGUUCACGUAUGUGGCAGUAUCCACUAAGAGGAUUUCAUGUCUUGGGACUGGUUCCCUAUGGUCUUGGAUGAAAUCAUACUGCCUGUGGCUGGAGAAGAUCCUAAAAACUAUUUUUGUACAUGUUUUUUUGUUAUUCUGAAUGUAAGGUCUCAGAUUCAGUGCCUGAGGGAAGAAAUUAUUGGAUGAUUCCACAGGGGAGUGAAGAGUCCUGUCAGAAAAGAUGUGGGAUGGAUGAUUCAAGGGAUAGCUCCAGUCACCAAUAAAAUUAUAAACAAACACUCACACACACAUGAGCUAUGUAUAUACGAACUGAACAAUGCAGAAACCUUCUUAUCAUACUCAUGAUUGGGCAGAUACCUUGUUAAUAUGCUGUUAUCUUGGAUAUGCAUCUCUUGCUUUUUGCAAAUUCUUAUUCUUGUGUGCUCCUACAGAAGCAGCAGUGAGUGCUUAGUCAGAAUGAAUUACCAUUUAUCUGGUGAAGGAAAUGUGGUGAGUGUUGGAUUUUUCCCUGCUUAUGCUGUUUACCCGCUCAACAAAACAAUUGAUUGGAGAAUGACUACAUUUAACAGAGAUUUUAUGGUUGAGUUUAAGCUGAGGAACUACCAAUCUAUUUUGGCCAUGAUGUUUGCUACUGAGGAGAUCAACAGCAAUCUCAAUAUUUUACCUAAUACAUCCCUGGGAUUGGAGAUCCAUAAUGUCCCACAUGGUCAAAGGCGCACACUGGCCAAUCUUUUUGGCUCAUUUUCAGCCCCUGGUUAUUCCAUCCCUAACUACAGAUGUGCAAGAGAGGGCAUGUCAGCUGCUGUACUUACAGGACCAUCAUGGGCAAUAACUGAAUACAUAGGGACACUGCUGGAUCUUUACAAAUUUCCACAGCUUUCUUUUGGGCCUUUUGAUACUACCCUGAGUGAACAAAGAUGGUUUUCUUCCCUGUACCAGGUGGCCUCCAAGGACACAUCACUGACACUUGGCAUUGUAGCUUUGAUGAUUCAUUUCCACUGGAACUGGGUUGGGCUGUUCAUCAUAGAUGAUCAUAAAGGUGCCCAGAUUCUGUCAGAUUUGAGAAGUGAGCUGGAGAAAAAUGGAGUCUGCAUAGCGUUUGUGGAAAUGAUCCUAGCCAUUAGGGGUUCAUUUCUGACCACAUCCUGGAAAAAUCAGGAGCAGAUCCUGGAAUCAUCAGCAAAUGUGAUUAUUAUUUAUGGGGACACUGAUUCUCUAUUGAGCUUAAUAGUAAAUAUUAAGCAGAAGUUACUCACAUGUAAAGUCUGGGUCCUGAACUCACAGUGGGAUCAUUCCAAAUUUGAUGACUUUUUCCUGUUAGAUGCACUGCAUGGGGCCCUUAUUUUUUCAUACCAUAAUGAGGAGAUAGAUGAUUUUACAGAUUUUAUACAGACAGCCAAUCCUUCCAAAUACCCAGAGGACAUUUAUCUUCAUGUAUUAUGGCACUCAUUCUUCAAUUGCUCAUUUUUUAGGGAAGAGUGUAAAAUUGUGGAUAACUGUCUGCCUAACGCCUCCUUGGGAUUCUUGCCAGGGAACAUAUUUGACAUGGCCAUGAGUGAAGAGAGUUACAAUGUGUACAAUGCAGUGUAUGCUGUGGCCCACAGUCUGCAUGAGAUGAUGCUCAAUCAAGUACCAUUUCAAACUCGUGGAAAAGGAAAAGAGAUGGUAUUCUUCCCCUGGCAGCUUCACCCUUUUCUGAAAAGCACACAACUCAUCAAUUGUGCUGGAGACCAGGUGGUUCUGGAUUGGAAAAGGAAAUCACAUGCAGAAUAUGAUAUUCUCAAUUUUUGGAAUUUCCCGAAAGGUCUUGGGAUAAAUGCAAAAGUAGGAACAUUUUCUCCAAAUGCUCCAGAGGGCCAGAAAUUGUCCUUAUCUUCUCACAUGAUACAGUGGGCCACAGGAUUAACAGAGAAUCCUCAGUCAGUAUGCAGUGAGAGCUGCCAUUCUGGAUUCAUGAAAACCCACCGAGAGGGUGAGGCUGCCUGUUGCUUUGACUGCAAGCAAUGCCCAGAGAAUGAGGUUUCCAAUGAGACAGAUGUGGAUCAAUGUAUAAAGUGUCCAGAAACUCAAUAUGCUAACACUGAGAAGAGCCACUGUCAACAUAAGACUGUGACCUUUCUGGCCUAUGAUAAACUCCUGGGAAAGACACUCAGCUUCUUGUCCCUGGGCUUCUCAUCACUCACAACUGUUGUUCUUGGGGUGUUUCUGAAGCACAGAGACACUCCCAUUGUCAAGGCCAAUAACCAUGAUCUCAGUUACAUCCUGCUCAUCACUCUGACCCUCUGUUUUCUCUGUCCCUUGCUUUACACUGGCCAUCCUAGCAGAGUCACCUGUAUCCUGCAGCAGAACACAUUUGGACUUCUGUUCACUGUGACUCUUUCCACUGUGCUGGCCAAAACUCUCACUGUACUUAUAGCCUUCAAGAUCACUGCUCCAGGGAGAAUGAGGAGGUGGCUACUGAUAGCAAGGGCCCCUAAUUUCAUCAUUCCCAUCUGCACCCUGCUGCAAGUUGUUCUUUCUGGAAUCUGGCUGGCAACCUCUCCUCCAUUUAUUGACAAAGAUGUCCUUUCAGAACACGGACACAUCAUCAUCAUUUGCAACAAAGGCUCAGCUAUUGCCUUCUACUGCAUCCUGGGAUAUCUGGGAACACUGGCUCUAGGGAGUUACGUUAUGGCUUUUUUGUCAAGAAAUCUGCCUGAAACAUUUAAUGAAGCCAAGUUCCUGGCUUUCAGCAUGCUGGUGUUCUGCAGUGUCUGGGUCAGCUUCCUCCCUGUCUACCACAGCACCAAGGGGAAGGUCAUGGUGGCUAUGGAAGUCCUUUCUAUCUUGGCUUCCAAUGCAUCACUCUUAGGCAUCAUCUUUGUUCCCAAGUGCUACAUCAUACUAUUAAGGCCAGAAAGGAAUUCACUUCAUCACAUUAGGGACAAAACAUAUACUAUGAAGAAAAACCUUAAAACCUAGCUCCCAUGUGUCUUAAAGAGAUUUGAAGCAUGAUUGUUCUUCACUAUCUGAACACUAACAUAUGAAGUCAUGAUUUGGCAUUUGAUCCCAUAGGCUGUUAUUUCUUUAAGUAAUCAUAUUAGGCUAAAUGAAUUCUGCAUCCAUCCUUUUAUGUUGAGAUAUAUCCUGCAUUUUGAGUCCUCUUCUUUCAUUCACUACUACUUUUGUCAUUGAUUUCAUUUGCUGAUGAACUCCUUUUUGUGAAUUCCUCCAUUUGGAUCAUUCACAUUUUUAUUAGCUUGACAACUGUAUUCAAAUAAGAUUUAUUUCCUCUAUCAAUUACAUAUGCUCAUGAACAGAUUCAAGAGUCAUAUAUGUAAAUAUGCUUAAAUAUUUUGUAAAUUUGACAUUCAGUACAACAAAUUUAUGUUGAUAUAGUGUUUUGUUUUUGAAACUCUUAAGACAUUUCACCAAUUUGUCUUGCUUUCUUUUAUUACAUGUUUUUAUUCUGAAGAAAUCCAAAUUCUUUACACUCGAUGUAUCUUUUCUUGAAGAUUAUACUGUACCAGGUCACUGUAAAAUGAGCUACAUACUAAGUUAUUGCAAACUCAGGACCUCAUUUUAUAACCUGGCACCAAAUGUCAACCAGAACAAUGAAUUUGCAGUCAAUACCUGGAGCCUCUCUAUGAAUUAUGGUGCCCUGUGUCAAAUGCCCAGAUGUAACUACUCCCACUGACUCUGUACUCACUUCUCUGAGUUACUCUAAACAUCCAAGCAACCUUUAUCUUAUCACUUCCUCAUAGUCCUUCACCUUUUGCUAAGUUGGUAAUAUUCCUUCAACUCACACCAUGGACUGGUAAAGAACUUCAAUCCAGAAAGGCAUUUGCAGCCAUUGAGGUGGAGGCUUCUCUGAACCCAGGACUCCAGAUAGAAUCAGCAAAAGAUCAUGGUGCUUGGCUUCACAACUGAUCUGAGUGAUGGCUGUAUGUGAACUAGGACUUCAUGAAACAUGUCAGAGAGAGCCAGAUCAGUCAGGAAGACUAGUUCAAGAAGAUUAAAUAAGAAUCAAUAAGGAAGGUGGGGACUGGCACAUGCUCUUUUACAUAAGGAGUCCCCAAAAGAGGAAAAUGAUGCCUCAUGCACCUAUAAAGCCCCAGGGCUCUUCCCAUGAUUCAUUCCCCUCAUUCUCAUAGAAACCCACUUUGCUCAGCUGCCUGGUCUACUCAAAUUGUGUGUGUGUUGAGUGUAUUGUUAUAUGCAAGUGUGUAUAUAAGUGUCCUUGGAGGCCAAAAGAAGGCAUUGUUCCCUUGGUGGUACUGUUACAUGCAGGUGUGAACUGCAUUUUAUGAGGGCUGUGUAUUGAACUCAGCCACUUUGCAAGAGCAGUACAUGACUUUGUCUACUGAGACAUCACUCCAGCUUCUGCAUUUAUUCUAUCUGUUUAUCAAAACAUCCCUAUCUCUUAAGUUCUACUCUUCUAACUCUCAGAAUGCAUGAGGAUAAUC